AUGGUACUGAUCUUGAAGCAGAAGGUGAAACAUCUCCAACACAAACUCGAGGAAGCCAGAGCUGAUCUCAAUGCAAAGGAAGCCAGGAUCCAAGAACUAGAAUACUCAAAGAUUGAAUCUGAAUUUGAAGGCAUUUUCCAGGGAAAGAUCGAAGCUGAAAUCAAGCACUUGGUGCCAACAAAGAGGUGUUUGUCGACAAUAGAGAGUAUUGUAUACGCGAUGAAGGAGAUGGGUGAAGAUACUGAAAGUUUGGAUAAUAUGUUGGAUUUUUUGAAUCCAUGGUUGGAGAUCAAAGAAGAUAUGAAAGUUGCUUUUGGAGGUGUGGAUUCUCUGUGUGCUAAGAGACAUAAGAUGCUGGAAGACAUGGAAAAGGACUUUGAAGGUGGACAAGAGGCAGAUAAGCUUGAUGGAGGAGGAGGUAGCAAAAGCGGUGGGUCGUUAGCCUCAGGAGCAUUAGGUUUAGAGUGGAAAAGUCUCCCUGAUGAUUCACUUGCUCUUACGAACAACGAUAGUAGCCAAUGGUCUGUUGGUACUGCUACUUCUAUUCGUGCCAGGUUUUUUGUUCUUAAUGAGAGGCUAACCAUCGGAGAGAUCAUUGAUAGCUCUGUGGUUGGCACUUUUGUUACUCUUGGGACCAUUGAAACAAUUGAUACUGAACGUGGCUGGCAAUAUCUAAGUUGCAAAUACCACAACAAAAAAGUGAUGCCUACAACCAAUGUUGAUGCUGAUGACCGGCCCUUGUUCUUCUGCAAUACGUGUGACAAAGAACACAGUGAUGUUAUUUCCAGGUUCAAAUUAAUUGCCAAUGUCAAUGACGAUAGCGGUGAGGCUAAUUUUCUGUUGUUUGAUGCUAAUGCUCAAGCAAUUGUUCGUCAUUCUGCUGCUGAACUCUAUGACGAGAAUGAAGAUGAAGACUUCUUACCUGAAGCAGUGAGCGAUCUCUUUGGUAAGAGAGUCCUUUUUGAGAUUUCAGUUGACGCUGAUAACAUCAAAGGAAAGAGUUCUCAGUAUGUUGUUCGAUUGGCUACUGAUGACCGUGAAAUGGUUGAGGAAUUUGCUGAUUUGCCUCCUAAAUCUAACCCGGUACUAAUGUUGGAGUCCGCAGAUGAUAUUUCCUCUGGUUCUGUUGGUUUUACAGCAACUCCUUUGUCCAAAAGAAAAAGCGAACAAGAUGACGACAGUUGCCUUGAGGAUCAACACUCUGUUAACAAGAAACUCUCUCAAAAGAAACUCAAGGGCGAGUGAGCUGUCUCUUUUUGAUGAGUUGCUGUCCUUUAUAGUGUU